AUUAGGGAUAUACAGAUUCAGACUUCAAUCCCAGGUUCAUAAUCUAGUCUAAGAGUAUCAGGAUAUUAAUCUAAUUAAUCCAGUGGUGAAGCGUGUCUUGCAUUCGUUUAUUGUUCUCGUUAUCAUGCUGGAAUAAGCAACUUCAGCAGGUCAAAAAAAAAGCAAAGCAGUGAGGUAACCAGAUGCAAUGCUACUCCUGUAUUACUAUCAAACAAUUUCUUUUCUAAAAGCCAUUUUCCUUCAUGAGUUUUGCGUUUAUUAUUAUUCAAAUAUUUAGAUACUAUAUUACCAACUCCUUGUUUGUGCUAUAAAAUUGGAAUUUUUGAAUGGUUUAUGUAUUAAAGUUGUGUAUUACAUUUACAUUUAUUCAUAUAGCAGAUGCUUUUAUCCAAUGUGACUUACAAAUGAGAAAAAUACAAGCAAAGCGAUAUAUCAAGCAGAGAACAAUACAAGUAGUGGUACCAUACAAGAUCCAUUAAUUGAGUUCCAGAAGAAGCAAAGUGCACAGAGUAGAGGUGUAAGUGCAAUUUUUUUUAUUUUUUUUAUGAGUUGGUUAGGUGUUCACGGAUGAGGUGGGACUGUUUUUUGAAGAUGGUGAGAGAUUCUGCGGUCUGGAUUGAGGUUGGAAGUUCAUUCCACCAUUGAGGAACAGUUAGUGUGAAGGUUCUGGAAAGGGACCUUGUGCCACACUAACUGUAUUAACUGUUGUCAUUCUGCUUGACAUUUCCUGCAGCUGCUCAUUGAUGCACUUACUUAGUUAACCACUCUCGACUGCACUGGGGCCAUGAAGCUGGAGUUGUCGAAGGUGGUGCGAGGUUGCCGUCUGGGGCUUUUGACCAGCAUCGGUCAAACCUCGCAGCACUCCCUGGAAGUUCCAGGCUGUCUCCUGUACACCCGCUGUGCCACUGUGCCCCAUUUGACCCAGGACACACUUCACACACUCCAUAACCUGCCUGCAGUUACUCAGGUCACACUGGAGAGCCUCGCAGAGCACCAGGAAGUCCUGGAGGAGUUUAAACAUGGUGUAAGAAAGUUUGCAGGUCUACACGACACGCUGCUCUUCUGCACCCUCCAUGACCCUGCCACGACCCAUCCCGCUGGCCACGUCACCAACAAGACAGUGUCCGUGUGGGGCAGCGGAGGAAGAAUAGAGCUGUCAGCGGCCAAGUUUAUGGCCAUGCAGGCAGCCAUCCGGCCAGACUGCUAUGAGAGCAUGGCAGAUGGAGAGACAUGGCAGGCGAACACAUCGCGGAAGAGGGUGCGUAAAGCAGUUGAGCGCACUCUUUCGCACCUGGACGAGUGUCUCGAAUUGCACCACAAAACACAGGAACUGAAAGGGUCUGCGAUAUUCGGCGUGGUGGAGGGAGGUGACAUCUUGGAGGAGAGGCUGAGGUCAGCACGCGAGACAGCCAAACGGCCUGUGGCUGGAUUCGUCCUGGAUGGCUUCCAGUCCACCUCCAUGGAGCAGGAGUUCAGGGAGCAACUGAUCACAGCAGUGACUGCAGAGCUGCCUCAGGAAAAACCGAGGUUAUUGAGAGGCGUGGGGCGUCCAGAUGAGGUCAUAGCUUGUGUGGAAGCUGGAGUGGACCUGUUUGAGGGCUUCUUCCCCUUUCAGGUGACCGAGAGAGGCUGCGCCCUGUGCUUCAACUACACCGUUACACCUGACCCAGAGACUGCAGUUUUGGAAUCGAAUGGAGAGGAGCCUGCUGUUGAAGUGCUGAAGGAAAAUGGCGAAGACAGCCCUGAAAAUAUGAGCCGAUUUGAGAUGAACCUGAGGGACACAAGGUAUCGGGAUGAUUUCCGUCCACUGGUGGAUGGGUGUAGCUGUUACUGCUGUAAGAACCAUAAAAGAGCUUACAUCCAUCAUCUGCUGGUGACCAAUGAGCUGCUGUCAGGGGUGUUACUGAUGUUACACAACACAGCUCACUACCUGAGAUUCUUCCAUGCCCUGAGGGAAGCCGUGGCCAAUGACAAGCUCCAGGACUUGAAGAGCAAAGUGUUACAGUGACCAGUGUGGACUAGAGAACAUGGAAUAAAUGCAAUCACAGAAUGUUGAGGGGAGCAAGAAGUAUAGUGUUAAAGUGCACAACAUCAAUUUGGGUGCCUUUUUUUUUUUUUUUUCUUCAGAAAUCUGAAAAAGACCGCAAUCCAGUUGAAAGUAGGAAGUCCACCAUUUUAAACAUCACUCCUGUUAACGUAGUAAUAUUUUCACACAAGCUGGAUAUGAAGAAAUUUAUUCAUCAAUCAUUCUCAGUAGCAUUUACACAAAAUAUGUUGUAGUGAAAAUUGUGAAAUUCCAGGUAUUUCAAGAAAUUCCAGUUAUUUCAAAACAAGUUUGUAUCCUAUGAGAGCUCCUGAAUUUGUGUACAUUUAUGUAUGAGGAAACUCACUAAUGUUGACCUUAAUCGGUUUUAAAUUGUAUAAAUGGCAAUGAGUUACUGCAGCUUUAUAUAUAUAUAUAUAUAUAUAUAUAUGCGCGCGCACGUUAUGUUGUUAAGUUUAAUUGCUUAGUUAUUUCAAUUUUAUGAAGAUUUGUCUUUGUUGUUUUCUAUUCAUGACAAAACAGUUCCAUAAAUAACGACAAAUAAGCCUAGCCAUUCAAUUAGGACAAAAGUAAUGGCACCCUAUAACCAGAGGGUGCAUUAGUGUGUGUUUGUGGUAGCUGACUCACUGCAGUGGCUGAGCUGCGUUAUUGGAAGAUCCUUAGGUAGGUAAUUCUCACCAUUUUGUUUUGUGGGCAUGGCUAAAUGUGAAUCAGCUGUGCUGUGAACAUGUCAUUUAUGGCUGAAUUUUUAGUUAAUAAACGUGUUUUACUAUUUAUUAAUAAUAUUUGUAUAUUCAUGAAUCCUGGUAUUCUAAAUAAGGAUUGGUAGAUGUUUCUAAACAAUUGUAUUAAUUUAUUGGGCAUAAACAUUGAACAGUUUAUUAUUCUAUAAAGAAGGUAG